AUGGCGACGGCGAGCUUGUCUAGCUCCAACGCGCCGGAGCACGUGCAGAAACACAUCCGGCUGCUCUCAGCCAGCGUCUCAGGCAAUGAGAACCGGAUCCUAGACCUUCUUUCCGAGGAGGCCUGGACAUCCCAAGCAGACCAUCAUGCGCUCCGCCAGGCCCUGGUCAAGGUCGCAACCAAAGGCAACCUGAAGGUCCUGUGCUUGCUACUCAAGCACGGCGCGGGCGUCCACCCGAAGAAGGAGAACGAGCUGUCUCCACUUUUCAAGGCCGCCGAGGCAGGGCAUCUGGCCGUGGUGACGGAGCUGUUGGAGCACGGGGCCGAUCCGAACUGGCGCGGCAAGAACGGGCAGACGGCGCUCUUCCCCACCUGCAUGCGAGGCCACAAUGGUGUCGUUAAAGCACUCCUCGACAAAGGAGCCGACGUCAACGGCGGCAGAAACCAGGAUGGAAAGCCUGGUGACAAGGAUGGUCGGACUCCCUUGCUCUUCCUCGCCUCGGAGAAGCGCGGCAAAUGGACCAUGGACACCAUCAAGCUCUUGCUACAGAAGGACAUCAACCUGAACCCGCGGGAUUCCAUCAGCCGUACACCUCUGCACUGGACGGCCACGAACAACUAUAUUGACCUUGCGCGUGCUCUUCUUAGCGGCGAGUUUGGGAAACAGGCUGAUAUCAAUGCCUCUCAGAACAGAGGCAAGACAGCCCUUCACCUCGCCGCGGAACAUAACCAAGUCGACUUCGUCGAGCUACUUCUGGGCUAUGGUGCAUAUCCGGAUGCUGUUUCGGACGGGCGGUGGACGCCCUUGCACAAUGCGAGCGAAAAGGGCCAUGAUGUAGUUGUUUCUAAGCUGCUGGCCGCUGGUGCUAAUGUUAAUGCUGAACUGUCAAAUCGCAUGACCCCGUUGCAUUGGGCGGCUUUCAAUGGCCACGGCAAUGUUGUCAAGCUUCUUUUAGAAAGGCCAGAGACGAACAUCUCUAUCAAGGAUCAGUUCGAGCGAACUGCUCUUCUUUGCGCCGCCGAACGGCACCACAAAGACCUUGUUCAUCUUCUUUCUCCUUCCAGGGCGUCCCACAGGUUAUCGGAAAGCGCCCGAGAAGCCUCCAAGCUAUUCUCUGCGACUGUUGUUGACUUUGGAGACUUUCAAGAAAUGAAGUUUCGGAAGGGCGACGUCCAGGAGAAAAAGAAGCAGCUGGUUUUCAAACCCUCCAUCUACGAAUUGCUCUAUGGCUGGGAAGACAGUGAGAAGAACGUGCCAAGUGUUCCAAUCCUGGCCAAAAACGUGAAGUGGGAACCGCAUUUUCGGUGGAUUCACCUGCCUGCCAACAAUAUUGCUUGGGUAGAGACCCUGCUGGCUAAGUCUUUCGUCGAGGGCGGGUUCCGUGACGUCGAAGGCUUCAAAGCUCUAGAGAAGUGUUUUGACCAAGAGCAUCGUGGGCCAAUGGCUCAUGCAAAAUUCCUGAGAACCUUCUGUCAUCGAGUGCCGAGCCGCCGUGCGGAAAAGGAGGAGGUUGCCCUGGGAAUCCUUUCCGAGCAGGCAGCCGAGAUUAAUGCGCCGACAGUCGCGGAUUCCAUCAUAACAGAUACCUCGGAAAACAGCACCUUGAAAUCGGAAAGUAAGAAGAAAAGCAAAGCCGAGCAAAUAACCGAACGUCAUCCGCAGGCGAAGCCAAAGCGCAAAAAGGGAAAUCCAGGUAACCCUCCUGGUACCAAAGAGGCCAAGCUGAAUAGCAGGCAAUCGUCGUUUGCGCCAUCAUUUGCAUCGACAGAGGCAUUCAGGCAGCUUGUGAACAACGGAAAGAUGGUUCUCUUCAUGCCAUUUCUCCACUACGAAACCCAUGACAGGCGCCUGAGCAUGGCUGAAACUAUCCAAAGAGCUCGCACGGGGGGCAAACCCCAGCAGAAUGCGUCGCGCGAUGAGCUUCUUGUCCACGCUUACGUCAAUAAUCUCCACCCGAGACGGACCCUUGACCAGUUCUUCUAUCAUGGAAUCGACACUACACAACGUGAUAAUGAUCAGGUCGUCUGGAGAUAUUGUCAAGAGCAUCAUCUGGAGCCAAAGGUGUUCAUGGUGGAUCAGCUUUACACCGUGAUUACAUGUUUCCCUCAGCGAUGGGAUCAGCCCAAACAGGAUCCGCUCAAUGUCAUCGACGGCAUAUUAGAGGAGACCAACGCGAAGACGAGGCCACCGAUUCAGUCAGUCUAUGAUCUAGCGAUGGCGAUUACGGGCAGAGCAUCUGGAUUAUUCGACCGGCAUCGACUGGAUGAGCAACAAUUUCAAUUCCUCGACAUGUUCGAGAGCAGUAUCGGGCAUGUCACAGACCAGGAAAGUCGACUGUUCAGUAAAUUCCACAAGGCUUCGGAAAAGUCGACACAGUGGCUUAGACGGUACCGCCACGGCACCGAGAGCAGUGUCGAGCACGAGUUGUCUGAUGACCUACUCAACAUACACCAGGAGACGAGGCUCUUGUCAGAGAUCAAGGACAUCCAAGAUGAGUUGAAUAUUAUAGCAGUGGUAUUGGACUCACAGAUGCUCGUGUUAGAAGAAUUCCAAAAGAACAUCAUCGACGAGCUGCGGCCAGAGGGAAGCCGCAAGUCCACCGACGGCGUGAUCAAGGAGAUCAGGCGACGGUUUCAGGAUCAGGAGCGUCUGCUCGAGGUCCAUCAGAACGACCUUAUUCGCAUGGACAAACAAGCCCGCAGCAUAUAUGACAGCCUGACCAAUCUUUUGGAUCUGAAGCAAAAGCAUUCCAAUGCCCUAGAAGCGCGAUUCGCCCGCGAGCAGGCAAUCAUAGCCGCAAAGCAAGGGCAAACCAUUAUGGUCUUCACCAUUGUUACGAUCAUCUUCCUCCCGAUGUCGUUUAUAGCAGCCUUCUUUGCUAUUAAUUUCCAGGAUUGGGGAAAUCAUCUCACCAUUGGAUAUGUCACAAAAUACAUGUUUGGAAUCGGACUGGCAAUCUCGUUCAUCUUCGUGUCCAUGGCUUUCUUGGUUCACGAUAUUUCAGAUGCUUGGAAGGCCCUAGUUCGGGCCACCAUGGACUACGGAGGCCGUCUUCGCCGCAAAAAGGCAGCACGGGGAGACAAGGAAGACCAGCCGGAUGAUAUGUCGACGUGGACCGUCAGGGAGAACAAGCCGGGGACCGCUGGUGCUGCGUCAACGACUGCUUACCGAUCGCAUGCGGAUGACGUGGACUGGAAGAGGGGGCUUGACGGCCCGGAUCGAUACGCUGCGAGGAUGAGCCGCGACCACGAUCGCUAUGACCACACACGGCUUGGGCUCUCGCCCCUCCGGCACGGCGCGCGGAAGCUCAGCAUCGGUAGCGGACAUGGUGUGUCUACCGUCCGGCGGAGUUUUGAUGGUCGUCGUGGGAGACCCAGUGAUGAUCUUGAAAGGGGAAGGGAUCCCUCGAGGGUACGAUGA